AUGCAUCAUCGCCAGCGCAUCACUCUCCUGUCGGCCGAAGACGCAGACGCGAUGGUCCUCCGCGAGCGCUCGAGUGUGCUCCUCCUGGGCUCGAGUCGCGGCCCGUCCAUGCGCUACGACAAGCGCGUGCAGUCGUACAGCCUGCGGCCCAGCACGACCGUCUACGGCCACGAGGGGGGCGACGACUAUGCCGGCGACGGCUCCGUGAGCACGUCGUCGGCCACGGAGCGCAGUGGCGCCGGCAGCGCUGCGCCCACAACGCGCACGCGACUGAGCGUGUCGCCGGACCUGAGCAGCGCGUUCGAAGACCUGUUUGAGACGGACUGGGAGGGGUACAUUUGGAAACAGGGCCAUGUCGUGCGCUCGUGGCGCUACCGCUACGCAGUGCUCUCGGGCACGACGUUCAGCUACUACGUGAGCAAAGACGUGGCCAAAGUCGACACGGAGAAGUUUCGCGGCCGCGUGACGGUCACAGGCGCGACGCGCGACCCGAACCGCUCGAACGGUGUGCUCAUUACCACGACCAUUAACAAGGUCUUUGCCAUGUACACGCGCUCGAGCAUGGAGUGCGAGAUUUGGGUCAAGAUGCUGCUCCAGGCGGUGCAGCACGCCCAGUGCCCCAAGCCCGGCCAGAGCUUUAGCGGCAUGUCGAACGGCCGGGACUCCGACGGCCCAAGCGGCCGCACGAGUCAGUGGAAUCCAGCCGCCAGUGGGCCACUUCCGUGCGGCUCGACAACGGGCAGUCUCGCGUCGCAAACCGUGCGGUCGUCGGGUGACUGGAAAGCGCGCAACUUGGCGACUGUAAAGCAGUUUUACUCGAUGUGGACGACGCAGUUUAUGGAGCAAACAGGCGGCGACGACUCGGCCGCGAACCUCCUUUCGCUGUUUCCCAUCUGCUCGCCCGAGAUGAUUGUCUCGGUCACGUAUCCGUGCGAGUUUCUCCCGUCGACCAAGUUUUUCGGCCGCGAAGGACUUGUGGACGUGGUGCUGGGGUUCUCACGGUUUGUGCUGUUUAAGCGAUUUGUUGUGUCACGGUACAUGACGACGAAGCAGCCAAACGUGCUGCACGUGCUGGCAGCGGGCACGAUCUGGAACAAGUCGCUCCAGCGCGAGUUUACGUUCACCACGCGCGACGAGAUCCAGUUGAGCCCAGGUGGCCGCGUACUGGGUCUGCAGAUGCAAAUCGAAGUGGACAUUGCUGCAUUUCAGAUGUCGGACACGGAACGGAAGGCUGCCAAGGCCGAGCGCGCGUUCCAGGCGUCGACAUCGAAGCGGGUCUUGUCGUUGUCGAUCCAGCAUUUCCACGUGAAUCGCGUGCUCGGCAAGGGAACGUUUGGGACGGUGGUACUGGCUGAGCGCAAAAACACGGGCGAGAUCUUUGCUGUGAAGAUUCUGGAAAAGAGCUCGAUGUCGAACUACGAUAAGCUGCGUACGAAGACAGAGAUGCGCAUCUUGCGCGACGUGCAUCAUCCAUUCAUCGCGCCGCUGCGCUUUUCGUUCCAGAGUCAAUCGCGUGUGUUCUUGGGCAUGGACUACUACCCCGGUGGCAGUCUGUAUACGCACAUGAAUCGCUUCUCGAGCAACAAAGAGCACCGAGUAAAGAUUGCGCUGGACCUGGACCGUGUCAAGUUCUACGCUGCGCAGAUUGUGCUGUCGCUGUCGCACUUGCACGCGUGCGACAUUGUGUACCGCGACCUCAAGCCGGACAAUAUUAUGCUUGACGUUGAUGGCAACGUCGCGCUGGUUGACUUUGGUCUGUCGAAGACGAACGUCAACCAGUUGUCGGGCGCGCGCACAAUGGCGGGUUCCCCGGCCUACACUGCCCCGGAGCUGUUGAAGCCAAAGCGCUCGCGCGACUAUGGCAAGGCCGUCGAUUGGUGGUGCCUGGGCAUCUUGUUGUAUGAGAUGUUGCUAGCAAAACGACCGUUCCAUCACCUGAACGUGUCAGUGCUUUACAAGCUCAUUGAGAAGGAGUCUGUGAAAUUCCCGUCCAAGUGCAGUCUCCAUUCGGAUGCCCGCAGCCUCAUUCUCGGGUUGCUGGAGAAGGACCCGCACAAACGCCUGGGUGCCUGCCAGACGAGCGAUAUUCUCACGCACCCGUUUUUCAAGGACAUUCGAUGGGACAUGGUGUUGCGCAAGAAGAUCACGCCUCCGUGGGUCCCAGCGCCCUUGUCGAUGGAGGAAGAGCGCAUGAAAAGCCCGGACAUCAACUUUGACAAGUAUUUAGCGUCGAAGACGGCAUCGCCGGGCAAUAUCUUCAGCAUCCUGUUUCCAUGGAAGACUCCUCGGAAUCGCAACCGCCGAGCGAGAUCGGAAAUGGACUACGACUCGUUCGGCAAGUUCAGCUACGUGAGCGACACGACGAACUCGUUUCUCGUGGAUGAGGACGAGAUGCUUGAUGCUGCGUUUACGGGUCGCCGCAGUGUCCAACUGCAUAGUUUGGCAGGCGAAGCUUGA